GUUUUGAAAAAGAGGGAGGGAGUAAAUAAAAGUGGAGGGGUGAAGCAAUCAAUCUACGAUAAGAGAAGGUUGCGUGUUUCCAGGUGAAUGCCUGUGCCAAAAGGGCAAAUAAUAUUUAACACCAACAGUGUACAUAAGCUUUAUGAGAGACAGGCAGUAAGGGGAGGAGGUGGAGAGUGUAAUUCCAAGUCUCAGUAUAUAGGGCAGUGUACCAAGAGGCAGAGGCUUAGAGGAAAUCAAGCAUGCUUUCACAUUACGUGCUCAGCUAACAACUACGAAAGCUGAAGUGAAGGGAUAGCACCUGUUUGACUAGGGAUAUUUUAUAGGCUAUAUGUGAAAGACUUGCAUGGUUGCAGAAGCAGGGGAAUCUUUCUCUAAUCAUCGCUUUAGUAUAAGGGCAUAGGGAGAGCUAGGCUCUGACUUCACCUAAGAUCAACUUCUUUGAUCCACCUGCAGUUAUAAUACUUAUUGCGAAUCUGUAUCUUUGACCUAUCAUCAGACGGAGGGUGUCUUGGAGUUAAUCCCAGACUCAAUAGCCACAUGACAGCUUAUGCUGGACCAGGUUUAUGUUAAAAGCAGGAUGCUAGUUGAGCAGAACCCACAGCUGCGGAAAAGCAAAAGAAAGUGCUAAGUUAAAGAGACUUGACCCUUUCUCAUCAGUCAUCAUCGGCACUUUCUCCUUUGCAACAUCUUUACUUUCCAAGACUUUUAGUAUGAUGAAUUCUCAUUUCCAGAGAGAAGGCUUCUUUUUUUAUCUGCUUACUCUACUAGGUGCUUGGGCAGCAUCUAUGCAGGGUGGAGGAAGGAGAACUGAAUGUCCCUCCUGUGGAGUGCAAGACAAAGAUGUGAUGAUCGAAGUGGCUAAGCAACAAAUUCUCCAGAAGCUCCAUCUAAAGGAGAGACCUAACAUCACUCACCCAAUUCCUAGAGGAGCGGUGGUGAAUGCCCUGCGCAGGCUCCAUUUAACCAAGCCACGUAUGGAAGGUCUGUUCGGGUCCUCAAACUGGGACAGUGAUGGUGACACUUCUGAGACAGAACAACAAAGCUACGAAAUCAUCAGCUUUGCAGAAUCAGAUUACAAUGAAUCCAGUACAAAGCUGAAAUUCCAAUUUGCUAGAGACAAUGAGCAGAAUGUGCAUGUUCUCCAGGCUCACCUGUGGGUCUUCUUUAAGUCAAACAGGACUGGUCAAGAUAGUCAAACUGUUCGAUUGCACAUGAUCCAAGAGCCACAGGGGACACGCACCCUCAUCAGUGAAAAAUACCUUGAACCAAGAUGGAGUGGCUGGCAGACAUUUUCAUUAAAGCAGAUUCUCCAGGACUUCUUUGAUGAAGAGAAUAAAAGUUUGAAACUAGAACUUGACUGUGAUGGAUGCCAAAAUAUGCCAUUUAUGGUCAAUCCCAGUGAUUCCCACCAGCCUUUUUUAGUAGCUCAAGCAAAGGUAAAGGAAAAGAGCCAUCACAUUGCAAAAAGAAGCCUCAAAUGCGACCAAAACACCAACCUUUGUUGCAGGAAAGACUAUUAUGUAGAAUUCAAGGAUAUUGGGUGGAAUGACUGGAUAAUAAAACCUGAGGGGUACCAGAUCAAUUACUGCAUGGGACUUUGCCCAAUGCAUGUUGCUGGUGCACCCGGCAUGGCUGCCUCAUUCCACACCACGGUCUUUAAUCUCAUCAAGGCCAACAAUAUUCAGACAGCAGUGAGCUCUUGUUGCGUCCCAACCAAGAGACGACCGCUGUCUAUGCUGUACUUUGAUAGAAAUAACAACAUUGUAAAGACUGACAUUCCUGAUAUGAUUGUUGAUUCCUGUGGAUGCAGCUAAGAGACACCAAGCACGUCCAUACUAAUAUGAAAAAAAAAAGAGAAGCUGGUCUGUCUCUUACACAAGCUCUUGCUGAAAUCACGUGGGAAGAAAAAACAUCUGGAUAACAGAGAAGCUCCCAUAUGUCUUCAUGAUGCUUGACACACUGGAUACUUUUGCAACUAAUUUCUAUGAUGAUUUAGUAUGCAGAAUGCCAUUGGCUGUGACAUCACAGCACGCUGAUAAAAUACUUAACAUCUCUUUUUCCAGGAUCUUCAAUCCAUUCGCUUAUCAAUACAGCAUACUUGUGAACAAUGAACACAUUUAUUCUACCCACUGUGCUAUACAUCCUAUUGGCUCCUAUUCUAAGGGAAGCAACUGUUAACCACAAAGUGAUGGCACUUUGCCAACAGUUGGUGUAGUUUUGUCAAAACUAUGAGCUUCAUUAUUUCACAGUUAGCUUUAAAAACUUGAGAGUCAUGUGAUGCUGUAACUAAGAAACUGACAGCAAAAGCCUACCCAAAUUUCUGCAAUAUUGUUACAUUGUUAAAGUGCCAAGCCGAAUAUCUGCAAAGAAAGAUGGAUUUGUGAUGGACAUUUUAAGCAAUGCCUCAUUUCCACAAGACGGUUUUACUGUCACCAGUUGAAUGUCAUUAUAAAGUGCUAAUUAUUUUUUUCAAGGAACCCCUCACCCUUUCAACUGCAGAGCACACAGUUACUCGUGUACAACACAAAUUAUUGUAUUUUAUAUUAUUUGUAUUUUAUUAUUAUUUUUGUUACUGAACACUGUUUAAUAAACAAAAC